GCUGCUUGAGCAGCAAAUGCCUAGAGCUUGGCCCAUUGCCGUGCCACACAAAACUGAAGAAAUUAAAGACUUCCUGCUCACAGCCAGGAGGAAGGAUCCAAAAUCUGUUAAGAUCAAGAAUCAAAAGACCAUGAAAUUCAAGGUGUUGCAGACCGCUGACCUAUACACUCUGCUCAUCACAGAUAAGGAGAAGGCUGAGAAACUGAAGGCGUCCCAGCCACCUGGUUUGGCUGUGGAAGAACUGAAAUGA